CUUCAGGGAAUCACAACCCUGCUGCCUCAUUUACGCACAGUUUUGACUUCUGACUCCUCCUUCCUACAUUCUUACUCAUUCACUGGUUGCACAUUCUUUCUUAUUGCAUUGACUUAAGUGCCAUUCAACACCGAACAAGACAAAACCACAAUGCCCGACAAAAAGAAAAGCAAAAAGUCCGCCGGCGGAGGCAAGACCGAUGCCCCGGUUAUCACCGACUCCCGUUUCGCCAAUAUCCAGAAUGAUCCCCGCUACCGCCUCCCCAGCAAACGCCACACGCAUGUCAAGCUCGAUAAGCGGUUCGCGCACAUGCUGCGCGACAAGGACUUCUCGCGCAACGCUGCGGUCGACCGGUACGGCCGGAAGCUGGCGCGGGAUGAUACGAAGAAGCAGCUCGAGCGGUUCUAUCGGUUGGAGGAUGAGGAUGAGGCGGAGGGCUCGGAAGGUUCUGAUAACGAGGCAGCGGAGGUCGAGGGCAGCGUGGCCGAUGAUGAGGAGGUGUUGGCGGAGCUGAGGCGGGCGGAUGCGUACGAUCCCGCUCGGGACGGAGGGUUUGAGUCGUCGUCUUCGGAGGAGGAGAGCGAUAGUGAUGAGGAGGAUGAGGAGGAGAGUGCCGCGGACGGGGCAGAGGAGGAUGGGAUGCUCGGCGGUGAGGAGUUGGAGUUCCCGGAUAAGCAGCAGCGCGAUGUGCCUACGGGCGAGGUCACGGAUCGCAUCGCCGUGGUGAACCUCGACUGGGAUAAUAUCCGCGCCGAGGAUCUCAUGGCGGUGUUUUCGAGCUUCGUGCCCGCCGGCGGGCGGGUGUUGAAGGUUUCGGUCUAUCCGAGUGAGUUUGGCAAGGAGCGCAUGGAGCGCGAGGAGAUUGAGGGGCCGCCUAAGGAGAUCUUCGCCAGUGCCGGGGACGACGACGAUGGAUUUGAAGGAUUUGAGGACGAGGAUGCGGAGUUCGAUUCCGACGAGGAGGAGGAGAAGAUUAAAAAGUCCAUGCUCAAGGAGGAUAAGGGCGAGGAGUUCAACUCCACCAAGCUCCGCAAGUACCAGCUCGAGCGUCUACGCUACUUCUACGCCAUCUUAACCUUUUCCUCCCGCGAGGUCGCCAAGCAUGUCUACGACCUCGUUGACGGCGCUGAGUAUCUGUCCAGCGCCAACUUCUUCGACCUCCGCUUCGUGCCCGAUGAGACCGAUUUCGACGACGAUAGACCCCGCGACGAGUGCAAGCGCAUCCCCGACGGCUACCAGCCCAACGAGUUCGUCACCGACGCUUUGCAGCACAGUAAGGUCAAGCUGACCUGGGAUAUGGAGGACAAGUCGCGCAAGGAAGCCCAGGCCCGGGCGUUCCGCGGCAGUCGCAAGGAUAUCGACGAGAAUGACCUGAAAGCUUAUCUUGCGAGCGACAGCUCCGAUGACGAGGAGGAGGAAGAGGAGGGUGGUGUCGAGAUUAUGGACGCUACGCAGGGUGACGGUGCCAGCAAGAAUGUUUCCAAGAAGGAGGAGGAGAGACAGCGCAUGCGUGCCUUGCUCGGGCUGAGCGCGGAACCCACCAAAUCGACCAAGUCCGACGGCCCAGUCGGUGAAAUGGAAGUGACCUUUACCUCCGGACUUGCGGGCGAGCCGGCCCGCGACAGCAUCUUCGAAAACGAACCGCAGAUCGAGGAGACUACGAUCGAGCGGUACAUCCGCAAGGAACGCGAGAGGAAGAAGCGCAGAAAGGAGAAACUCAAGGCGAGCAAGCAGGGCAACGAUCCUGAGGCAAGUGAUGCGGAGAAGGACGAUACCAAGCCGUCUGCCCAGGAGCAGCCCCCACAGGAAGACUUGGGCUUCGACGAUCCUUUCUUCGACGACCCGGAUCCCAAGGCCACCGCUGCUGCUCGUCGCAAGGAGGAGAAGCGCAAGAGACGGGAAGAGCGUGCGGCCGAGGAAGCCGCCGCCGCCGCUAAGCGCGCGGAGCUGGAGCUGCUUAUGGUGGACGACAACAACGCCAAGGGCAUGAAGCACUUUGACAUGACCGAGAUCGAGAAGGCGGAGAAGCAGGCUCGUAAGAAGGGCAAGAAGGGCAAGGGCAAGAGCAAGCAGGUCGAGCCCGUGGCGGAUGACUUCAAGAUGGAGGUUAACGAUCCCCGUUUCUCGCGACUCUUUGAGAGCCACGAGUUCGCGAUCGAUCCCACCAACCCCAAGUUCAAGCCCACUUCCGGCAUGAAGGCCCUACUGGAGGAAGGUCGCAAGCGUCGGCGCACCCGGGACGACCAGGCGGAUGAGGUGCCCAGCUACCAGGAUCGGACAAAGAAGCAGAAGAAGCAGGUUUCCAGAGACGCGGGGUCGGACGAUUUGAAGAAGCUGGUGGAUCAGGUGAAGCUAGUAGACUAUCACAUCACUUGUACGGCCACUCUCAAUCCCACGGCAUACUCCGCCAAGAAUCCACAGCCACUGGAAUCGGUCACAGAGGAGGAACAUACAUCGGGCCUGCUUUAUCCCGACGCGAGUCUACUUCGCCGCCCCAAUUCACACGCCUACCCCCUGCAUACAGCCUUCAAUUCUCCAAAUACCUCGACGGCCGGUGGCUACGAUGACCGCGGCGGCGGCGUGGAGUUGGACCACCUGAAAGAUUUCCGUGUGAUUAUCGCUCAGAACGCGCUCGGAGAUCGGGAUGCCUGUGUGUUGCUGGACACUCGGGCCACUCCGCACGGACAAGGUUCGCACGGGCUGGGACUAGAGCCACAGGUGUUUGAGAAUACGGGGACCCGGCAUGCCCGCACGCUCUCAACCUUGACCCGCGGCCCGCGGCGGACCUACCUGCCUCAGUCGUCGGUGGUGGAAUCAAGCCCCUUGUCGGCCGCCGCAGAAACACGUCGCUCUCCGCCCAUGUCUUCCGGCGCAUUUAUGCGGGCACGGGUCCGUAGCUCGACGAUGGCACCGGGGGGAGGCUUCUCGGAAAGUGCCCAUGCCCGUGGGGCGACGGAUUCGAACGACUCCGGCUUGCUGAAUUGCAUCUUUGGAAGCAGUGCCUUCAGCUACAAGGGCUCCUCCACCAAGAUGCAUAUUAUAUCGGCCGAUGAUGAACCGAGUCAAACCUCGCCCGCCUCGCCCGCCGCACGCAGUUCGCUGUCUCGAGCCUACACUACGGGGAGUUCCACGGCAUUCGGGCGCGCUGAUCGGGGCAAUGAUUCCAGACCCCCUGCCAAGGUUACUAUCCUGUUGACGCGAAUGUUCAGUGUUCACCUGCCUGAAGGCGGAGAUGCUGAUUCCCCCCCGGAUAGACCUGACUUGUCGUCAUCGGUCACCGACCCGCUCCCGAGCCCCGGGUUCCCGUUCCCAGACGUCUCAAAGCGCAAGAAAGUGAAGGAGAAGAAGACACCGAUGUAUGCCGUUGCUAUCACGAUCCAGAUCCCGCUUCUAUCCCGAAAUGGUGGGCGGCCGGUGUCUCGGGUCGCGCAAGGCCCAGACUCUCCCAAGCCAGGGCUUUCCUGCUCCUUGGACUCGGACUAUCGUUGGCACGGAGGCUUCUUCGAUGACAGUCUGUCGCUUGCAUCGCCUCCGGCGAGCCUCGAUGAGCGGAUCGAUCUUCUAGUGGAUCACUGGGACAUCAUCAACCGUACUUUGUCUCAUCUAGAGAGGCUCUCUCGGAACGAGAUCUUGUUUUUACUCAAGAGAGUAGACGCCUCGGCAGGGCCGCAUCCGAAGCCGGCCAAGCCUCCUAACAUGCAGAGGACCAACCAGACGUUCGUUCAUCUGCCGGUCAAUGUUCUGUCAAUCAAUUCCAAACUUCGCGACGAAGCCAUUCGCAGCACUCGUCGCAUAAGCACGGCGCUGCAAAUGCCCUAUGUCGUCACCGGCCAGAGCCGCUGGGGCGUCUGGCGCGAGGAAGGACGGUCGAUCAUUCGCAGUCUCGGAGACAAGGAUCAUAGUUUCUUUUUCCUCGUCCUGGUCACUGCUUUCUUGGGCAACCACACGGAGUGGCUCAACGCUUUGGGCCCAGAGUGGUACCGUCGACGGCACUACCUGCAACAAAAGGCCCAGCAAGACGCAGAUCCGAUCCUCGCCAAUCGCACCGUAAUCAUCUCGCCGGAUAAGAUGACGGCUAGAAGGCUGAUUUUCUUGUUGGCGGCAUUUUUGCCCCCUAAACAGCGGUUCGAGCCCCUGCCGUCUCCGAUCCGCCCCGGCACCGCGGCUUCGACUCGGGCUGUCUCCCAGAGCCCGCCGAAUGUGCCUAUCCUACGACAGGAGGCAUUGCGGAGAGUGAUGGAGCGGCGGUCUCGUGCGCAGCGUCUCAAUUUGAAUGAGCGAGAGCAGCAUCAGCGCUCGGUGAGCGCCUCGUCCAACGAGACGGCCCAUCGCUCCGCCGAGGAACCUGAGCCGAUGGCCCCCCCGGAUUUUGGAGCGAAGCGCAGAGGCUCCGAUGCCCGUUCUAUCCGAGCAUUAGGGGUCCCUAUCCAUACGAGAGAUAUGCGUCCCCGGAACACGAGUGCCGCCACCACAUCCACCACGACGCCUAGUAGUAAUGUCCCGGUCCCGCACUUUGCUUCGCAGAGUCGGUCUGAGCGAAUGGGGUCGGAUCCGAGCGUGAAUGACGGGCGUGAUAGCCUGGCGUCGGAGAACCUCCUCAAGAAUCUGCAGCGGUCGGAAACCUCGGCCACCUGCGGCAAUGGAGCCCUACCCGCCUCCGGUCGAUGGGGCACAUUGUUCUCUGGGCUGUGGAGCUCACGCCAGGAAUCCUCCGGGGCCGGCGAUACCCCUGCACCGUCCGAAGCGCGUCGGCGUUCGGUGUCGGCCUAUGCAAACCAGCCUCGACGGAAUCCGCCCACACUGGCACAAAUGGUCAGAGAGGCAGCGGAGGAGCCCUUGGCACCGGCAGCCCCAGCUACUACGAGCGGUAACAUCUCCAUUCCUCCAGCCUCGAACAGUCAUAUUGCCUUUGAAGAGGACACGCCGGAUUUAUCGUCGACUACAGAUCAAACUCGGGCGUCCUCCUUGAAGAUGGCUGUUCGUGGAGACGAUGGGGUCGUGGAUGUGGAUUUGCCGUUGCCGGGUUUCCUGUCUCUUUCGUCGUCGGGAGACUCGACCCUGGCAUCGCCGAAGAAGACGCGCACUUCGGUGACUAGUAUGGAUGCGAUGGCGUCGACGCAGAGUAGUGUGUCUGGGUUCCACGGCAGCGUCAAGGAGAACGAUGGACCCAAUACCAAUGUGGCAGGCUGGCUGCGCACCUUCCAUGACGACUUUCUCCUGCAGGCGGUGAGACCAUCUGCUUCGCUGGAAGCUGAAAUCAAGCGCGCGAUGCAAGCCGAGCCUACGCCCAGCCAAGCCUUGUGUCUCAACGCCGAUGGCUCGGAACGGUGGGUGGAUGUUGCGACCACGGUGAUUGCGGACGUUCGGAAUUUCAGCGUGAAGCGACUGCGUCUCCGACGUAAACUGGUGGGGCACGGGUCGUCGCGCAAGACGUAUACUCCGUCGGUUCCUUCGCAGCCCUGCACUCCGCGGUACGUGGCCAACGGAUCGGCCUCGGCGUCGCAGCUGACCGGCUUCUUUUCGCAUGCGACCGGGUCGAGCAAGACAUCGAAUACUUCCUCUCUGGAAGACUUUUACCCGAGGGAAGUCGAGGAACGCUUUGUGGAAGAGUCUGUCAUGGAUCUGGAUGGCACGCUGGUUGACGCCCUCGAACGGGUGCUCGCGCAGAGUGGGCCGUCUUCUCUGGUGCACUCUCGGGCGCCGUCGCCGUCGCGCGGGCGGCGAGGGGAGGACAAGCAGUCGUCAGAUUCGUCGGCCACGAUGCGCGAAGAGAUGCGACCGGUGGAAGUUCCUCGCACGGAGUGCCGCAAGCUGGUGCUGGGCGCGCUGGAGGAAGUGGUGCGCAGCGUGACGGCGGAGCAUUGCCGCGAGGAUGUCGACGGGGAGCUGGGGCUGGCGGAUCGAGAGCGCAAGCGUACGUUGGCGGGGACGGACAACACGCUGCGCGAGGGGGUGCGUAAAUGGCUUCUGGAUGUAGAGGAGGCGUGGUAGGAGAUUCUUCUCUUUGAUGCUUCUAUGCUUCUGAUGUGUUAACAUGAUACCCAUGUUGAGUCUCUACUCGACGCCCUUGCAUACAUGAUGCAGCUGAAUUGUACCGAGUCUUAUGUGCGGAGUCCCCC